AUGAAUUAUUACUUAUUUUCUCAGGUAUUUACUGUAGUCUAUACAAUUUCGUUGCGUUCACUAAGAUUGUUCGCGCUAUUAGUACAUACAUUUACCCCACCAAAAUACUCAUCCACACAUACAUUUGACAUCAUGUCUUACAAUCUACCCUGUCCCAGUCUAAUGGGUAUAUUCUUUGUUGUGUCAAACCAUAAUGGUCCCCAUUUUGUUUUCCAUUAUCCACCCGAACUAUCGAAUGUCACACUACAGUCGGCCGGAGCCGAGGAGUCGGAUGAAGAUUUUGAUGACGAAGACUUCGAUUUUGAGGAGUCGAUUCAGGAAAAGGAGUCGCCGAAUGCAUGGGAUGUCAAUCAUAGAGAGUAUUAUUUGGGAACUAAGAAGGAUAUAACUUCUUUUCUUGAUGCUCAGAGACACAUCAGAGGGCAAGAAAAAAAGAAGUCUUCAAGACCAAAGGUCUCCAAUUCCAAAACAUCCCAGAGCUUACUGAAUUCUGCACCUACAUCGGGUGAUACGAGUACCGUAUCAGCCUUUUCAACAUCAAAUGAACCAACCUCGAAGCAGAUAUUGGGGUUUGAACCAGAACAUUUGUGCGAAAUGCUUUGUCCACCCAAGGACUUGUGCAACAAAAGAUUUGAGCUAACAUUAGAGCGGGUUGUUUUCUUAGGAUUACCAAUUCAUGUUUUCAGUAACGGGUCCUGGAGAUCAAAGAAACAGAAAGCAAAGCUGAAUCAAGAGCAUCAAGGAAAUGGUUACGAUAGUGGCUCUGAUGAUAAUGAUUCCAAAAGCUCUAUGCAUAUGUUUCACAUGGUAUUCGUAAUGAAUCCGCUGGAAAUUGAGCGUGAUUACAGAAUAGAUGAGAUGUUUUAUUAUAUCACUUCCAAGAUAGCUUUAGUCCUCAGAUCUGAGCAACUGAGACAUGACUACGUCUGGAAUCAAGUUCGCAACAUAUCACGCUUGAAAGAAGAAUGGCGUACUGAAAGCCAAAAUAAUCCACUGAUGACUACCUUGUCUAACUUUCUACUCUCUAAAUCAUCUUUAUGCAAACUUAUGGCUGAUUGUUACGAGGCCAUCUCCUCUUCCAAGGUGGCUAAUUUAUUGAUUAAUAACAAGCUACGCUCGUUUCAAAUCCCGAUAAAAUUGGAAUUUCACUCUUUACCAGAAAUGACAGUUCCCUUCAUUCCUGGAUCCUAUUUAACAUCUGCUGUAAAUCAGUUUGGAAAGACGGGGUUGGUCAGCGUGGGUGAGACAACCAGAUAUAGAGCUAACAACUUGAUGAACAUAUUACUUGGCGGCAAAAGUGCAGACGGAGGUGAUGAGUUUGAGGACUCUAAUGAUAGUCUCGAUCAAGAGGACAAAUCCAACGCGAAUGAUGUGAUUUAUUUUUCUUUGCUUCUACUAGAUGACCCUGAAGCUAUCAUACGUGAUAUGAAGGUUGAGCAGCAAUCUGGACUUGCUACUUUUGUGAGACUGUUGAGACCUGUGGAUUCCCUUGUGAAGGUGGCUGAUAGACUUAGUUACGCUUCCGAUUCAAAGUCAGCAAUUAGCUUAGGCGAAGUCAAGCUGUUCGCAUUACAUUUAAUUUACUGGAGAAAGGCUCGUGCAAUUCCUCCUUUGAAUUCAAGAUCAAUUUACAUUGUUUCUCCAAUGGCACCAUUGACAACGAACUUGCAAUCAGACAUUGCCAAGUUCAAGCGAGACUUCACUGCAGUGCCAUCAUUGCCUGUAUUUUUGAAAUUGUUGUCAACGAGAUCGAAGAAGCCUAGACAAUUCGCUUCUAUAAUUCCUUCAAGAGAUCAUAAAGAAACGUAUUUGAUGGCUCUUGGUUGGUUAAUUCGAUAUGGAUAUGUGACCCAAUUACACACUUACAUUUGGCUCAAGGUCUCACGAAAAAUUAAAAUGAGAGUAGAAGAGGAUAUGGAAAAUGAGCUUGGAAAUGGGACUAAGCGCAACAAAGACACUGAAUAUAAGGAACCACCGGCUUCCGACAAUAAAGUCGGUAAUCAUGUCACUGUUGACAACUCUUCUAAAAAAGUGGAAAGCGCUAGCCAGCAAAAACUCUCGGGUUCUAUCGAUGAAGAAAUAGACAACAUACAGAGAAGAUUUGAAUGGUCUGGAGAAAGUCCCGACAUAAUAAUGGAAGACGACGAAGAUACUAUUUUGGUUGAUCCUGGCCGUGCGUCCAGCAUUGAAAGGCGAUGGAUAAACAGAAUUAUCCAUGAUGAAUGCCACUUGUCUUCGGAAUUGACAUCGAUAUUUUUCAAGGUCUUGAAGUAUAUGAAUGGAAGAAAUUCUCUUGAACUUCUUUUGUUGAAGGAAAAUAUUUCUAGGACAGACUUAAGAAAAUUACUCGUUGCCAUCGAGGAUCACAUCAUUUCGGUACGCCACUGGUAA